AUGGAAUGUGCAAAUCAUACACAGAUGAAUAAUUUUGGCAUUCAAGUCAAAGAUAACUGCAUCAGUAGUGUAUCCUUGGGUAAAAAAAGAGCAUCUAUAAGUUCAGAAGCCGUUCCUUUUCUUCGGAAUCAUUCGCCGCCUCGUUGUGUAUCUCUCUCUCUCUCUCUCUCUCUCUCUCUCUCUCUGUUACUCACUCUGACUUCCGGGAUUAUAGUUUUCAUUUCCUUCAUUUUGAUAUUUUUCAUUUUCUCAUUCAUUAUUCCUCCUGUCGACUUUGAUUCAGUUUCUUUUUCAUUAUUUUUAUCAUCAUUUCUUCUUCUUCUUCUUCGCUUUCUUUUGCGUUCAUUCAUUUUUUUUCCUUCCAUUUUUUUUAUUCUUCACUCAUUUUUUUGUUUUCAUUUUCACUUGCACAUAUUUUUUUCUUUCUUUCCGCUUUUAUUCGAUUUCUCUUUCUUUAUUUUCAUUUUCUUCUUUUCUGUUCACAUUCACUUUUCUUACGAGUUCUUUCUUUCUCUCUUCUUUUCAUGCAUGCCUUACUAUUUUUUCUUGUUUUCUUUCUUUUUUUCCUUUCUUUCGUUCUUUCUUUCCUUCCUUCCUUCCUUUCUUCCUUCCUUCCUGCCUUCUUUAAGCCUUACCGUUUUUUAUGUUCUUUUUUCUGCUUUUCAUUCGUUUUCUUUCUUUCUUUCUUUCUUUCUUUCUUUCUUUCUUUCUUUCCAAACUUCUUUUUCUUUCAGCCUUACCCUUUUUCCUGUUGCUCGUUCUUUUUUUGUAUUUCCUUCUAUUUUUUUUCUUUCAUUCAUUUUUCUUUCAGUAUUAGCCUUUAUCGAUUGUUAUUUCUUUCUGUUUGUCUUUCUUUCUUUCAGCCUCACGCAUUUUCAGUUGUUCUUUCUGUUUUUCUUUUUUCUUUCUUUCUUUCAUUUAGCCUUAUCCUUUUUUCUGUCUGUAUUUCUGGUUUCCGUCUGUCUUUCCUUCUUUCUUCAUUUGUCUUCCUAUAUUCCAAUUUGUUAUUUUCGUUUAUAUUCAUCAUCUUUCUCCAUUUUACAUCUUCCUUCCUUCCUUCUUUCCUUCCUUCCUUCUUUUCUUUCCUUCCUUCCUUCCUUCCUUCCUUCUUUUCCUUCAUUCCUUCCUUCCUUCCGUCCUAAUUUUCCUUCCUUCCUUCCUUCUUUCCUGCCUUCUUUCCGUCCUUCUUUUCUCGUUACUAUCUUUGUCUCUUUCUUUAUAUGCACCCCUCAUGUUCACCAUAAUUCUGUAUCCGUUUCCUUCGAACUCCAAGCCUUCUCUCUCUCUCUCUCUCUCUCUCUCUCUCUCUCUCUCUCUCUCUCCCUCAAUGCAUUACUUUUUUCAGUUUCCGUACAAAAAAAUAAUCAUUUUCUAAAUUAA